AUGAAGCUCUUCUCCACCAUCUCCAUGAUGGCUCUGGCCAUCAUCGCCAGCACCACCGUCUCCGCCGGUAUCAUCAAGGACCGGAACCCCUCGGGCGCCGAGCACGAAUUCUCCACCGCAGUCCGCUCCAUCUCUCACGACCACAUUCCAACCGGCGAAGACAUCGCAACCGCUAAGGCUGGUGUUUUGCAAGACACCGAUAAUGCUCCUGCAGUCACCACCUACAUUACUACAGCCACUUUCUCCACGACCAGCUCUCCGACCGCCACCAACGAGAUUUCUACUGCCAAUGCCAUCCCCACGACCGACGAGAUCUCCAUCCUCAACAGCACCGUCGUACGUGCCAACCUGAAUCCACCCCGCCGCAUCGUCCUUUGGCAAUUCAAAGGCGACUCCUGCAACGGCGAGGGCAAAGUCGCCAUCAUCGACGGUCGCAACUACGGAGAUCCUCUUUUCGAGGACUGCUUCCCCAUCGAUGACGAUACGAACUUCUACAACCUCGAAGCCGCCGAUGGUUGCGUGACCACAAUGCAGACGGGAGAAAUGUGUGCCAUCUCCGUUGGCUUCGACUAUUGGCUGCCCACCAAUGUGUGCACGACUCUCGAGAUUACUGGGAGGAAGGACGUCCAUCUGUGGUAUCGGUGCGAUGGGAGAUAG